GAAAAUUUUCUCGGGAAAUAAUCAACGAGAAAACUCGUCCCGCCACAGAAAAAGAGGCGACCUAUUUCUUGGUGUGUGAAGCCCCUGUUGCUCCACUUCGCAACUCGGCCACUAGUUUCUUUCUUCUUCCUGUGCUCUCUCUGUUCUCAACACAGUUGUCGUCCUUGACCCUUUUUUGGGUGUUUUUAUUUUUUGGCCCAAUCCCAUGGCUCUGAUCUCUGCUCAAGCUCUUCAUCUUCGACCACUUUCUCUACCUCCUCCUCCUUCAUAUCUAUCAGUUCAGUCUCAGUUUUCUCCGCUGGCACCUAUCAAGACUCCAGCUCAUCCCGUUUUCAGCAUCCACGGCCCAAAACCAGCAUGUCAAAUCAGCAGACAACGCGGCGGCGUCGUUCCGAAAGCAACGGUUUCCGAUUACAGCUCGACUAUCGGUGACAUCCUCGGCGAGGUUACCAUUUUCACCGCCUCUGGUGAGCCUGUCAAGUUCGAAGAUCUCUGGGAUCAGAACGAGGGAAUUGCUGUUGUUGCUCUUUUGCGGCACUUUGGUUGCCCUUGUUGUUGGGAACUUGCUUCAACUCUUAAAGAAUCAAAAGCAAGAUUUGACUCAGCUGGUGUAAAACUAGUUGCUGUUGGAGUUGGUGCUCCUAGUAAAGCUCGUAUACUUGCGGAGCGGUUACCAUUUCCAAUGGAUUCCCUUUAUGCUGAUCCUGAUCGCAAGGCCUAUGAUGUUUUGAGCUUAUACUAUGGAAUUGGCCGUACAUUCUUCAAUCCAGCCAGUGCUAAGGUGUUUUCAAGAUUGGAUGCCUUGCGGAAUGCAGUGAAGAACUAUACCAUCGAAGCAACCCCAGAUGACAGAAGUGGUGUAUUACAACAGGGUGGUAUGUUUGUCUUCAAAGGUAAGCAACUGCUGUUUGCAUGGAAAGAUGAAGGUACAGGUGAUCAUGCCCCACUAAGUGAUAUUUUUGAUAUCUGCUGCAAAGUUCCAGUCUCUUAAGCCUCACAACUACAAUCAAUUUUUAAAAUGUUGAGGUUGCUGCUCAAUUCGUUUGGAUCGUCCAUGUGAAAUGUUAUAUCUCAACUUUUAUGAAGAACUACGCAGAAACUGUUAGUCUCUGCCUGUUAUGCCAAGUUCUGUAGGAUCACCAAUCUUUACACAUCCUGUAUAGUGAAAUAGGCGUUAAUUGAUUAGCUUAUUGUAAUCCUGUAGAAUGCCAAGCAUUUAAAUAAAACCACUUGUAACCAAUAAAAUGUAUAGGUUGUAUAUUGUGGGUAUCUUAUUUAUUUAUUUAUUUUGA